UCGUCAAAGACGCCCCUCAACAACGAUGUCACUAAGUCCUGUGAGGAAGCUGUCAGGCUCGUCACCAAAAAGUGCGGCAUGACCUACGCUGUAAUCAGAAAGGGACCUCACGACAAGAUGUGCCAAUACGAUCAAGAUGGCAGACGCCAGACGGUCGCUUUCAAUAGUGGCGCCGUCAAGCCCACGCUUAAGCAAUCUGACUGGCAUGUCACGAUUUCUAUGGGGAAAACACUGAACGAAUGCUAUGUCCAAGGACAUGUCUUCGUCGUCAACAAGGGGGGAGAUGUGAAAUGGUCCUUGAUGGAUGACCCAGCCACACAGCGAUUCUACAAAGGAGAUGGCGCCGAGGCCGAGGCUAUCGAGCUUUGGCUUAUG